AUGCCCGUCCCAGAGCCUCCAAAGCGGACGCAAAUCCUCGUCAUAGGUGGUGGUCCUGCAGGUAGCUAUGCCGCUGCCACCCUUGCCCGCGAGGGUUUCGACGUCGUCCUCUUGGAAAUGGCCAAGUUUCCUCGGUAUCACAUUGGAGAGUCUUUGAUACCCUCCGUGCGGCACUUCUUGCGCUUCAUCGACGCAGAAGACAAGAUUGCUGCGCAUGGCUUUGUACGCAAGCCGGGCUCUGCCAUCAAAUUCAAUCAAUAUAUGCGCGAAGGAUAUACCGACUUCGUCGCUCUAGGCGCCGAUAACAAUGCAUGGAAUGUCGUGCGCGCCGAGUUCGACCAGCUGCUGCUCCAGCAUGCUGCUUCAAGUGGUGUCCGCGUAUUCGAGCAAACACGCGUUGUCUCCAUCGAGUUUUUGAACGCAGGCCUGGAUGCCAAGAUUUCUGUGGAUGCUGCAGAAGGGGUGGAGAAGCCUAGAUUGGGACGGCCGACGGCGGCGCAAUAUGAGACAGUCCUUGGAGGCAAGGGUGAGAUCGCCUUUGACUUUUUGGUAGAUGCAAGUGGAAGAGCGGGGCUAAUGAGCACAAAAUAUCUCAAGAAUCGCAAGUUCAACGAAUCCCUUAGGAACGUGGCCGUUUGGGGUUAUUGGCGAAGUACUGGCAUGUAUGGAGCGGGCACACCCAGAGAAAAUGCGCCCUGGUUCGAAGCAUUGAGUGAUGAAUCCGGUUGGGCGUGGUUCAUUCCAUUGCACAACAACACCGCUUCCGUCGGUGUCGUCAUGCAUCAGAAGCAGCUUGGUAUUCGUUCCCGCGCAUCGUCAUUGGCUAGUGCCGUGCCGCAGAUGACUGGUCAUGCGCGCCGGCCGUCCCUGUCCUCGCAGACUUCUUCGACGCUCGCAGACCGGUACCUGUCUUUCCUUGAGCUGGCGCCGGGCGUCGUAGAUCUCAUUGGAGACGGUGAGCUGAUGAAAGUGUGCGAAGAUGGACUGAACGAAGCGGAAGUGCCUUUUGCGAGAAGCGCCAGCGACUACAGCUAUUCUGCCGAUACUUACGCUGGAGAAGGAUGGCGGAUUAUUGGAGAUGCGGGUGCUUUCAUCGAUCCAUUCUUCUCGUCGGGUAUCCAUAUUGGCUUGACGGGCGCGCUCACAGCGGCUGCGACCAUCGCUGCCUCCAUACGCGGUGAUUGCACGGAGCUCCAAGCGGCGCGCUGGCACAGCAAUAGGGUCGCAAUAUCGUACACAAGGUUCCUCGUCGUCGUGUUGAGCGCGUACAAGCAGAUUCACUCACAAUCAACAAAUGUACUCGCGGACAUAGGCGAAGACAACUUUGACAAAGCGUUCAUGUUUCUUCGACCUGUGAUACAAGGAGCAGCUGAAAUGGGCACUCGCCUCUCCGAGCAUGAGGUCCAGCGCGCCCUGGAUUUCUGUGUCCACUUGUUCGACCCUACCACACCUGAGCAGCACGAGAUGGUAAGGAGGAGUCUGUAUUCGUUUGAUGAUAGCUUGCCCGAGGACCAGUCCAGCCCUCAUGAAGCAUCGAACUUGGGGUUGGAUACCGACGCGUGCCCUCUUGAUAUUCUGGACGUUCGCGCGCCGCUCCUUGACCCAGUCAAGAUCGAGAAAUUCGUGUCCCGCAGAUUACGGUCGCAUUCGCACAAGAGCGAGUCUGAGGUACGGAUGGUAUUGGACAAGGUGAAUGCGCGUCGAAUCAUUCAUUCGGAACAUGGAGAUGUGUUGAAUAGCCUUGAGGAGGAGAAGGUAGAUGGGUAUGUGAUGAGGCUGCAGAAGGGAAAGCUGGGUCUGCAGAAAGAUGGACAGGUCUCUUAG